CGCAUGAACAUCGAGCCCUUAUGUGGCUACCAGUCUCAGUGACACUUUUGGUUUCGUUACAAUCAGUCGGAAAGAUCUUUAUAAGUGAAAGAAUAAUCAUACAGCCAUGGCGGACGAAGAAUAUCACCACAUCGUUACGCGGAUGGAAGAAAUUACAGAACAAGAAGACAGACAUUUAGCUGGUGCAAGAAAAGAGAUACGAAAUGAUUUAACAGUAAUAAUACCAGAGAACCCUUUCCCAGAUAUAGAAGUUGAUGCCUACCCACCUUUGAAAUUUUCCUGGGUUAUACCUAAAAAGUUGGCAGCUAUGGCGUUCCCUAGAAAUAAGGAGAACUUGAAGUUUUUAGUGAAUCAAGGUAUAACACACCUGGUAACACUGACGGCGGGGAAAAAACCUCCAGUGGAUGAUAUUGCCAGGCUGAGGUGGACAGAAGUGCCCGUAGAAGAGUUUGAAGUGCCAAGCAUAGAACAAAUAAAGAAAUUUAUUGAUGUGUGUAAACGAGCCGAUAAGAAUGGAGAGGUGAUGGGUAUCCACUGCCGGCAAGGCCGCAGCCGCUCGGGCGUGAUGCUGGCGUGCUACCUGGUACACUUCCACAGGUUCCUGCCCGACCAGGCCAUGAACGUCAUUAGGAUGAUCAGACCAGGAUCAUGCGACUUCCAAGAACACGAGGAAGCAGUAGGCAGGUACUUUGAGUACCUCACAGAGGACAACCCCGUGAAGUUCGGAGUCAGCGGCGAAGUUAUGGAGGAGUUUGUGGAAGCCGCCAAGGAAAGCACCAAGAGAAUACUCGACUAACUGUGAUAUCUGAUUAAAUUGUUGUUUUGUUA